AUGUCAUCUCCAGCUGGGGUACAGACCUCAGAAAUGAACUUCCUUGCCCAGUGGAUGCCGUGCAGGUCCCGCGCCGGUGUGAUUCUGAACCCCUCGCUGGACUUGGGCAGCUCGCUGAGGGAUAGCUGCAGCUGGGCGCCUCAGGAUGCGGACGACUCAUUUUCGGCUCAGUUCGCACCCCUUCCCGUCUCGAGGAGCAGCAGUUGCCUCAGUGUCGACUCCCUCACCGCGGCAGAGGCUAGCAUCGCACGGAAGAAGCCGGAACAGCUGUCUGAGAGAGCGAUCGCGAUCGAUAACGCCUCUCCGCGUUCCGAGUUCGGUGCUGUCAUGCAGGGACUCGUCGGAGAGAUGGACAGCGUAGAGGAGACUGACAGGCAGUCGACGGGAGACUUGAUGCUGAAGCUCGAACAGCUGAAGGAGUGGCAGAAGCACAUGCAGGAGAAGCUGAAGGCCCAGCAGAUGGAGCAGCUCCAGCAGCUGCUGGAGGAGCAGCAGAGACUCAUGGGCCUGGUGCAGGUCUCUCAGCAGGCCAGCGCAGUGGUGCAGUUGACAUUUGAGUACGGUGCUACCUCCAACACAGAGUCGCUGUGUCGUUCAGAUGACACGGGGACGUCACAGCUGACAGAGGGGGACUCGGGGGAUGAUACACGGUCGGUCUCCCCCCUGCAGUGGGCACUCUCAGCCCUCACACAGCCGGAUCCCUGCCUCCAGCGUGCUGCUGCAGACCUUCAUCCUCAUCCCGAGGAAGAGGAGGAUGACGAUCAUGAUAGGACGUUGGGUGAACGCGAGUGGAGCCAGGACUGGAGCGGUGGCCAGCUGAAGGAUGACAGCAAAGCUGAUGAUGAGGAAGAGGAAUCUCUUACUGCCUUAAUCCCCACAAAUAAAGGCUCUCCUCACACUGCUGACAGAGAAGGAGAAGAACUCCAGAAUCUGCAGGACAGGCCCAUCAGGCCAGGGAUCGGAGGCAAGAGCCGGACCUUUGAAGAGCUGCUGGAGGAGCAGCUGAGGCUGGAGGAGCAGCGGCUGAACACCUCCCUGCAGAAACAGAACCCAGCGACAACUGAGAGAGUCAAAGCUAAUCCUAAGAGGCCCUUCCUGAAGCGUGGGGAGGGCCUGUCCCGAUUCGCUGGGGGGAAAGCCGCCCCACCCCGGAGAGGCAGCAAAGACAGCCCCAAAGCAGCUCCCAAAACUAUCAUCCACUGGGCUCCUGAGUCGAGCAGCAACACAGAGAAAAUCACCAGCGGCCGACGCCCUCCCGUCCAGCGCAAGACCGCCGUCCUCAACAAAGAGAACUGCCCCGAGCGGCCGACAGCACCACCGGAUCGCAGCAAGUCCGAAACCAAAGCGGGCCCGGCGCCGCAGCCCAGGGUGCUGGGAAGCCAUCAGAGGCAGAAUGUGGCGGUUCCGAAUCCAGCGCGGCCCAAGAGCGAGCCGAAACAGCAACAGCAGCGGCAAGAGGUGCCUCCGCCUGCGAAGUCCCAGACCGCACCAGCUGGCAGACUGGCAGGCAGAGGCGCGGAGACCACGGGCCCGCUGUCACCGAUGGUGGUGGUGGGGACGAAGGUGGGGGCGGAGGAAGGGAGCAGAGGCCAGCAGCCUGGGUUGGGGAAAACGCGGGUAGCCGGAGGGCAGGAGUCCUCCUUUGAGCUGUCCUUCCGGGACAAGCUGGCCCGCUGGGAAAUGGAGAGGCAGAGGGAGAGAGUGGAGCUGGGCGAGUUCGAGCUGCUGGAGCAGGCUGCUGAGGAGAUGUCCUUCUCCAGCAACUCCUCCUUCGUCAUGAAGGUCCUGGAGCUGGACCGACAGGACAGGAGGGGGCGCCAUCACCACCGCCGGCUCUCCUCCACUCCCAUCAAGUCUCCAAAACCGUCCCCGCCAAAAAAUGCCCAGGCUGGCGUCGACGCACAUGACAAAGAAGCUAUCGGUCGAUCUCUCUCUGCGACCGAUGUCAUAGACGCUGAGGAUGUCAAGCCGGAAGCUGAGGACCAAGAAAUAGAAGUCAAAUCAGAUCUUGGCAGCGAGGAAUCUGAGGACCUGGAAGACACAGAUCAGGAACAGGAAGCAUUGAAGUAUGAGGUGCCCCUACCCAGUGGGCUUUGCUUCUCUUCUACCGAACCCCGAUAUGACAAGACGUCCUACCAGGAUGAAGACGAGAGCUCUGUCCAAGGGGAUGGCAGAGAGGAGGCCGGUGACGCUGGUGGCUUUGAGGACCACAACGACUCCACCCUCAUAGAGGGUAAAGCUCGGGAGGCAGAGGGUCGUCUCAUGUUUGACGAUGAUGACACCUGGAAUGAUUUGGAGGAUGACGGACACCUGGAGGAUGGUUGCGACAAUGGAGCAGCCAUUACCCAUGAUCCCCUAGGAACAGCAAGCGACACCACAGCGCCAAACAGAGAUCUGAAAAGGAAGGUGGCCACGGCAAAAGGGCCAGAGAACGGGCCGCGGGGUGACGUGGCGGAUCAGAGGCUGGAGCCUCCGCCGACCUCCCAGCUGGUGGCGAAACUGUUCCCCUCUCUGAAACCCAAAGCGAAACCCCCUCCUCCGACAGCGUCAGGGCCUGCAGGGACAGCAGCAGAACCAGCGCCAGGCAGCCACCCCCAGUCCAAGCUGUUGAGGGAGAGGCUGGCAGAGCUGGAGAUCGAGAUUGAGCGCUUCAGGUCUGAGAACGCUGCCCUGGCCAGCCAGAGACAGGAGCGGGAAAAAGCUCUGGAGGCGCUCAGGAAGGAGAGGGCGGAGUUUGAGCGGAAGAAGGCAGAGGAGCUGGCCAAGCUGGAGGAGCUUAAGAAGGAGGAGACCCGAAAGCUGCAGAAGGAGCGCAAACUGUUCGAGAGGCACGCCUCUGCCGCCAGGGCCAUACCUGACAAGAAGGAGCGCGAGGAGAUUCAGUCCUUGAAGCAGCAGCUGAGCUCCCUGCAGGAGGAGCUGCGGCGCCGGGAGACCCGCUGGUCCAGCACCCACAGCCGGCUCCGGCAGCAGCUGGACGCCCUCGGCGCGGAGAACAGCGCCCUGCGGGAGGAGGUGAAGGCCCUGGAGCGGCUGCGGCUCACCGCCUGGAAGAGGGAGGAGGCCGAGAGGGAGAAGGGGAGGGAGGGCUCCAGGAGGCCUGACGAGAACGCCGCGCAUGGCACCACGCGGUCAAAAUCCACUGUGAGUCGCACCCUGUCAGUCCUCCAGGCUCAGCCAAAUACACUUCCGUUUAAGAUAGAUCUUUCACCACCCCUCAAGACUGCCAUCUUCAGUCCACAGUGUAGCAUAGUGGUAAGUGAUAAGGAGCAGUGCUUGUAACCGAAAGAGUCCCCCGAGCACAGCGAGGACCAGUUUCCCCCUGACGGCUUCAAGUUGCACGAGGUGGAUGAGGACGAGGGCAGCAAUAAUGAGAUCACUCAUCCUGAUGGAAAGAUCGAGAGGGUGCUGCGCAGCGGGGCGCGGCUCAUCGUCUUCCCCAACGGCACCCGUAAGGAGGUAUCGGCCGACGGGCGGACCGUCAAAGUCACCUUCUUCAACGGGGACGUCAAGCAGAUCAUGGAAGACCAAAGAGUGAUCUACUACUAUGCCGAUGCCCAGACCACCCACACCACCUACCCGGACGGCAUGGAGGUUCUGCAGUUCCCCAACAGCCAAAUCGAGAAGCAUUUUCCCGACGGCCGAAAGGAGAUCACCUUCCCCGACCAGACCGUGAAGAACCUGCACCCAGACGGGGAGGAGGAGAGCGUGUUUCCGGACGGGACGAUCAUACGAGCGAAACCGGACGGCACUAAGGUGAUCCAGUUUAACACAGGGCAGCGGGAGGUUCACACGGCUGAGUUUAAGAGGCGGGAGUACCCAGACGGCACGGUGAAGACGGUCUACUCCGACGGUCGCCAGGAGACCAGGUACCCCACCGGGAGGCUGCGGAUCAAAGACAAGGACGGCCGCGUCGUCAUGGAUGCCAAGACCUGA